AUGAAGGCGGCAAUGGCGAUGGCGGCUAUGGCGGCAAGCCUGAUGAGCGUAGGAGGGAGAGAUCUAACGAGGAGGUCCUUCGCUCGGUCGGGCAUCGACGUGGAUGGCGUGAGAGUCUCGAUCCGUCAGCCGCAGUCGCAUGUCUUGAUACCUCCCGGGCUGGCUGAUGUCAUUGUUGAUCUUCAAAUCCCUCCUCUUUCAAACCUCUCCGCCUCCUGCGCCUCGUGUUCCCCGGCACUUAACGUCAGGCUGUAUGUUGACUCCGAGCACGUUUCAACCCUGCAUGGUUCGUCGCUACAUGUCGAUGAGAAGAAAGGUUCCUCCUCGUCAGCUUUCUACUCCUUUCACGUGCAGAUUCACGUGCUUCCUGGGGUUCGAGGAAUCAACGCAGUCUUGUCAGGGUCCGACGGAAGCGAGAGGGCUAUGGCUCAUGCCAUGUUUCUCGUUCGCGACCCUUCCUUGGAGCUCUUUGAAGCAGCUCGAGAUGUCUGCGCCAACAGCUCCCGAGCUGCCUCGCUGGGAAUACGAAGCAUGACGUCACCAUGCGACGCCCUGGUGCAGCUCGGCCACGAGCUUCGGGUCAGGCAUGUUUAUCCUUACCUGGAACACGCCAAGGCUUGCAUGCAAACAGGCGCUGCCGAGGAAGCUAUCAGAACUUUACAGCUGAUCCAUAGGCUGCAACCGGGAUACGAGGUCUUGACGCCAAAGACAAGGACAAGACAUUGUCAAAAAGGUUGCGAACUGAUUGUUGAUGCUGAAGGCAAUCCUGGAGGACACUACAGGCUCCUCAGCUACAUGGCCUCGCUCCUCCAAGACGCUCUCAUCGUCGAGCUCGGGACCAUGCAUGGGGGUUCAGCCAUCGCUCUGGCUGCUGGAAGCCGCAAGAACAGAGUUGUGACGUACAACAUCGUCGACGACCUCACGCCCAACAUGCGAGCCUGCGGCAUGAGACCUGAUGCUUUCCUAGCUGCCCUGGAGGAGGAGAAUCUCAGCAUCGAGUGGCGUUUUGAGAACGUGUUGGGGUCCGAGGAGCGAAUGCGGGAGCUGCUAGAGGCUUCGUUGAUCCACAUAGACAUUAACCACCACGGGGACAUCGAGGACGCGAUCCUCCAGGCAGGAGAAAGUUGA